GUCUGGUCACGUGCGCCGAACUUCCGGUAUUCGCCCCGCCCCCCCGGUUUCCGCGCGCCUCUUUGGCAGCUGGUCACAUGGUGAGGGUGGGGGUAAAGGGGGCCGCUCUAGCCUGCGGCCUGUGUCUAUGGUCGGGCCCGUAGCGUCCAGCUGUCCCGGACACAGCCCGAGUGUAUGGCGCCGCAGGAACCGGCUCCGGGGCCCCGAUAACGGGCCGCCCCCGCAGCUCCAGACACGGGGCGAGGGUCUCCUCUGGUCUGAGAAUGGCUACCCCUCGAUAUGAACCAGUGGCUGAGAUUGGUGUUGGUGCCUAUGGGACGGUGUACAAGGCCCGUGAUCCCCACAGUGGCCACUUCGUGGCCCUCAAGAGCGUAAGAGUCCCCAAUGGAGGAGGUGCUGGAGGGGGCCUGCCCAUCAGCACAGUUCGUGAGGUGGCCUUACUGCGGCGGCUGGAGGCUUUUGAGCAUCCCAACGUUGUGCGGCUGAUGGACGUCUGUGCCACAGCCCGAACUGACCGGGAGACCAAAGUGACCCUGGUGUUUGAGCAUGUGGACCAAGACCUAAGGACAUACCUGGACAAGGCACCCCCCCCAGGCUUGCCAGUGGAGACCAUCAAGGAUCUGAUGCGCCAGUUUCUAAGAGGCCUCGAUUUCCUUCAUGCCAACUGCAUCGUUCACCGAGACCUGAAGCCAGAGAACAUACUGGUGACAAGUGGUGGGACAGUCAAGCUGGCUGACUUUGGCCUGGCCAGAAUCUACAGCUACCAGAUGGCACUUACACCUGUGGUCGUUACGCUCUGGUACCGCGCUCCAGAAGUUCUUUUGCAGUCUACAUAUGCAACACCUGUGGACAUGUGGAGUGUUGGCUGUAUCUUCGCAGAGAUGUUUCGUCGGAAGCCUCUCUUCUGUGGAAACUCUGAAGCUGACCAGUUAGGCAAAAUCUUUGACCUGAUUGGACUGCCCCCAGAGGAUGACUGGCCCCGAGAUGUGUCUCUGCCCCGAGGAGCCUUCUCCCCCAGAGGGCCUCGCCCAGUGCAGUCGGUGGUACCUGAGAUGGAGGAGUCUGGAGCACAGCUGCUGCUGGAGAUGCUGACUUUUAACCCACACAAGCGAAUCUCUGCCUUCCGAGCCCUACAGCACUCAUAUCUACAUAAGGCAGAAGGGAACCCAGAGUGAGCCACAGAAUGGUUGCAGCAGAACCAAGAGAAGAAAAGCCGCCUUUCCUUUCCUUUGAACACUUGAGUGGAGAGCCCCCACGAGAAGGCGCCUCUGCCUUCAUCUCUGAGGCUCCGGAGACUCCAACUUUUUACAGAAUAUUAUGCUGCCUUAAUGACAUUCCCCUCCCACCCCUCCUUUUGAGGCUUAUUAUCCUUCUCCUGCCCCAUGUGUCCUUAAACCAAGGGGUAUGUCCCUUGUUCUCCCCUUCCCUAUACCUUGAUGUUAGGAUCCUUUUUUAUACAGGAAAAACCAAACAAAGAAAUACGGUCUUUUGUUUG